UUUUAGUCUGUAUAUUAGUUUGAUCGCAAUGGCUACAGCACGUCGGGCAGCUGUCAAUGACAUAUUCGUUUGCUUCGUGUAAAUUUUGUGAUGUACAAUUUUCAAAUCCGUCUUUUUAUCAAUGAAUAUGAUUUACAUUAAUAGAUAAUGAUUACUAUUAGUUUUGGCUAUUCUACUAAAGAGAGUAAUAGUUUUUAAAAAAUUACACAGUGUUUUUUGUUACAAUGGAGGAUCUCAAUUUGACAGAAACUGAGAUGAGAUAUUUCAGUGACUUGUUUUUGUGUUGUGACGAAGAGUCCAAUGGGAAAAUACCGAUUCUGAAAGCGACUGAGCUAUUCAGAUCAUCCAAUGUACCGAACAAUAUAUUAUGCCAGAUCAUGGAUAUCAGCGUAGCUCCAAAUAACCAUGCAUCUCUAAAACAUAUGAAUAGAAAACAAUUUUAUUCUGCACUCAAAUUAAUAGCGGCUCAUCAGACAAAUAUGACAUUAAAACCUGAACUGUUAUCAACACCGCUGGAUCUUCCUCUACCAAGAUUUACCUGGGCACUUAAUUCUGAAGCCAAUUCAGAUCUAAUACAGUUGUCAAAUUCGCCAAAAGAACAAUAUUUACCUAAAAGAGACAGAAAUUUUGGAAACCUUGGUGCAUAUGAACCUAUUAGAUUGUCUUCUAAUUUGUCUGACAGUGAUCUACCACAAACAUUGUCUCACGAUACUGCAGAAGCAUUGAGCACAGACUCGGAAAUAGAAUCGGAAACUAUGUCACAAAGAUCAGGUUCAUGUGGGAGGAGAGUUAAGACUGGGUCACCGUGGAGCACAGCGAGUGAGAGCCCCACACCAACUAACAGUGUAGCAGAGCGCGUGCACCCAGUGUGGGAGCACAGUGCCACCGGACGCGGCGUUUGGCCGACAAACACCGCUGAGGAGCAUACGCGGCUAUUAGGUACGGAAGAAGAGUCAUCAGACCGACAUUCAUCUGAGGAGGAAGGCGAGGGCGAGGGCGAGGGCGAGGGGGAGGCGGCGGGGGGCGCGGCGCUGUGGGCGGUGAGCGAGGCGCAGGCGCGUCACUACGCCGCGCAGUUCGCGCAGCUGCGCCCCGAGCGCGGCCUGCUCUCCGGACACACCGCCAGAAUGUUCUUUGAAAAAUCUCGCCUGUCGGUGACCGACCUUAGAAAAAUAUGGCAGCUAUCAGAUAUCACCAAAGACGGAAUGCUGACACUCGAGGAGUUCAGCAUAGCGAUGCAUUUGAUCGUUCUGAGGCGGAACAACAUCCCGGUGCCGGACGUACUGCCCGCCUGCCUCGUACCCAGGGUGGACUCGCACUUCUCCCAGCAGGCGGUCACCACGGACCUCGUCGAUCUCGGUUCAGACAUGUUCAGCUCCGGCACUUCCGCCGAUUUCAACUUCGCACCCAAACCCGAAGCUAACGAUCCCUACGAAAGUAAACCCACAAAGAAGCCCGAAGACCGGCCGCCGUCGCUGACGCCGCCCAAACCGGAGCCCCAGGUCAACAACAAGGAGUGGACCAAGUUCGUCGACGACUCGCCCACGUUGAGCGUCUCAAGUCCCGGUCCCAAGCCGGUAAAUUUCGACUUUCAAAAAUCGGCAGUGGAAAGGGAUCCCAAAAUUUUCCAUCCCGUCGCGUUGAGAGUUACGCCCGACGCCAGCGCGCUUCCGACACACGGAGAGGGCGACAUGCGCGCCAGCACCUCGCCGCGGCGGGACGACUUCGCGCACGCCUUCGAGCUGGCCAGCCCCAAGCGGCUCGGCGCGCAGCCGGACCCGCCCCAGAACGGAAACAACCAGGAGAUAAAGGCCAUCCAGCGGCCCCAACCGAAGAAGCCCGUCAAGAGCGUGGGGGUGCUGCCUCCGCCGCCCGCCCGCGAGCCCUCGGUGCACGCGGAGGACGGGCCGCAGUCGCUGCAGUACCCGCCCAAGAAGGAGCCGCCGCCGCCGCCGCCGCCGCGCCCGCUGCGCAACCACGCGCGCUCCAGCUCGCUGGACCUCAACAGGUUCAAGGGCGCCCCCGCCCCGCCCCCGCAGCCUCCGCCCCGCAUGUCGCCCUCCGCCACCUCGCCGCCCGCGCGUCGCCUCGUCAACCAGCGGAGUGAGGGCGAGCCCGCCUUCCCGCCUGACGCGUUCGCGCCGCCGCCGCGCGACUACGAGGAGGAGGAGGAGGGAUUCGGCUACAUCCGCGAGGACGCUCCCAAGAUGCACGGCGCCUUCGAGGUGUAUCGCAAACCUUCGCGCGAGUCCUCGUGCGAGGCGGACCCCGACGUCAAGUCGCUGCAGGAACAGAACGCGGUGCUGCGCCGCGUCUGCCGCGCCCUCUGCGCCGAGCUGGCUGACGCGCAGCGCGAGCGGGAAGCGCUGCGCCUGCGCCUCGACGCCGACACGAACACGCUCUAGUCACACACACACACACACACAUAAACAAAGUGAAGCUAAAGGUAAUUCAUUCCCAGUGGGCGACUUAUAAAUUAAUAAUUGAUCCUUUACUAUAUGAUGUUUACCAGAACAAUAUGAUAAACAACAUAGAUCCUUAUCAACAGUAAGAGCAGUCACAGUCAUAUUACAUUAUAAUCCAAUUCAACAGAAAUAACAAAUAAAAAACAUUCUCAUGGUAUAAAACAUUAAGUUUAUUUCUCAAACUUUGUUAUUUACAUGCGAUAUCAUAUUGUGGAUAAUAAAGCGUAACAAUAUAUUUAUUGAUUAACAUUAACCUACUUCAAAUAAUGUAAAGUUGCCCACUGUGAGUACCCCUCAGGUCAUACUAAGUGGCCGUUUCAAUUCCAUUCGUAUAUAUUUUCGUGCCUGUCGUAGUUUUGUUGAUUGUGUAAUCUCAUAAGAUGAAAAUCAUUUUUGAACGAUUUUUUAUAUUUAGUAUUCAUCACUGACUGUUGUUAAUAUUUUUGUAAAGACAUCAUAUUUUAAAGUCUGUUUAGACACCGAGCUUUGUAACAUACCUUUUUUGCUUUGAAGUAGCUUAUGAAUUAUAUGAAGAUAGUGUUUUCAAAGGUUGUGACGGAACCAACCUUCCGCAUCCGCAAGUGCGAAACUUCUGCAUCCGCCUCCGCUUCCACCUCCGUCUCCGCGCAGCGCCAUAUUUUGCGGAGUUGAAACGGUUGUUUUUUCAGGUUGACUAACAAUGCAAGAGAAGUUAAUCUCGGCGGUACAUCCACGAGGUUGUGUUUUUUAAUAUAAUUUACUCUUUAACGUUAAUUUUUUUUUUAAAAUAUUUUUUACCAAUAUUUGCCAAGCAUACAA